AUGGCUUGGAAUCUCUCGGCACUACGUUACCGGUUUCGAAACAGGGAGAAAAUACAGCAAGGGAGCUAUGGAACUUCGAUGUGGAAUUCGAUAUGGCUCUCGACUACCGUGUUGAGUGCGGUUACUGGCAUUUUCGCCCUCUUUAUUGUUGUACUUGUAUUACUCUGGAACUACAUCAACCGAAAUGAAGGUAUCCAACUUAUCACAAACAAUCACUAUUCAUGGACAUACGGUCCUACAGCAUUGUUGGUCAUUGUGGUGGCAAUCUGGCGACAGGUUGACUAUCAUUGCAAAGCGAUUACUCCAUGGGCUGUCCUUAGCCAAGAGCCAUCGAAGGGCUCAUCGAACAUCCUUUUGGAUUACGUUUCACCUAUUCAAGUCUCCAGUCUUCACAAGUCUCUUUCUAGCAAGCAUCACACCGUUACGGCCGGUAUUUUAGGGUUCAUGUUGUUGAAAUGUAUCGUCCUUCUUUCAACGGGCUUGUUCGUGACGGCUCCAAAGCUCAUUCUGCAAUCAGAUUUGGGCCUGAUUCAGCACACCAUAUUCAAUGGAUCGCUGUUUAACUCAUCUGCACCUUCAACAACUCUCAAUGAUUCUUCAUUGGUAUAUACAGCAUUCGGCAUUCUCUCUAGAGGUCUGCCUUAUACGGAUGGGACUAACCAAGGCCUUGUAUAUGAGAGAUUUAGACCUCCUGCGGGCUCUUUGGUGGGACUUCAGACUGUUACAGCAACCGUGAAUGCUCUGAUCCCGUCUUUCGAAUGCCAGUCUGCUCCAGUUGCUAUCAAACUGCAGCCAGCCAAUACCACAGACUUGCACCCAGCGGACUAUCUACAAUUACAGUUUGAUGAAUGUCAGCUGCUCCAGAAUGGGGAUGGUACUCCGGUAUAUGCUCUUAAUCCUCAACUCUUCAGCUGUCCACCCCGUCAGCUUAGUCCUUUGGUGCAAAGGAUGAAUUGCUUCAAUGAAUCUGAUUCAGCAACAGCGGAUAAUUGGCAGCUUCUCACCCUGGCCGAUCUCCGUUAUAAUCAGACUCUUCAGAACUUCUCAUCCCCUGUCGCAUUUGGGGACAGUGUUACUGCGACUUCUUGGUCGACGUCGGUUGACGCUGCUGUCGGUAUAGCAUGUCGAUCUACUUAUGCCAUAGAGAAAGUGAAUGUCACCUACGACUAUUCGCAAACACCAACGAACAUUACAGUCACUCGUCUUGCGCCAGGCGUCAAUCACACAAUGCCUGGGUUUUCGAGCUUUGAUCUUGGCAAGCUGUUUACUGCAUCUCUAACGGCAGCAGCUUCGAUGUUUGGAAAUCUCAACUUCGAUUCUUAUGCUGAAGAGUACCCAAACACCAUGUUCAAGGUAAUGGCUAAUACUAUGGGUGGUGGUUAUGAUGCACUGAUGGACGAGAAUAAGAUUAAACAGGCUGCGGAAACUGUCUUCCAAACUGUUGCUGUUCAAAUUGUAAGCAAGUAUCUUACCCAAGAAGUUGACACUCCUCUCCGAGGACAAGCAGUUUACCAAGAGGAGAGGCUUGAAUUGAACGAUCUGUCUCUUUGGUCAAUGGUCUCGGGCUUUAUUGUUAUGAUGAUCAUUGCGGCUUUCAUUCUCUGGAAGCGACCCCAAGACAUCGUUGCACGAGAUCCGGACCAACCCUUUUUCAACGCAUUGCUUCUGCAACCAAGUCGUGUAGCUCGAAAUAUCCUGAGUCGUUGCGGCACACUCUCCGAAAGCAACAUGCUUGCACAGCUGAACAAUCACACAUUUGCCACCGGUAUGGACGCUCAGGAACAUGAGUCAAUCUUGCUUGCAUCUGACCCGUUGUCCGACAUGACCACACCUGACCAAGGCUCGCACUCAAAUUGGUGGAAACCUCUUGCUGCCCGGUGGAUUUUCGUCUUAACAACUUUGAUACUACCACUCACAAUCAUUGCGACCCUUGAAGCUCUUCAAGUGUCGUCAGACCGCCAUGAUGGUAUCGCUAGCGUUUCUUCUGAAGACUCUCUAGCCUCCAAAACAACAACUCGAUACCUUCCGGCCUUGGUAAUGUUACUCUCUGCAACACUUUUCAAUUCCGUGGACUUCAACAUAGCUGUUCUUGCGCCUUACAAUGCUUUGAAAUCUGAAGCUCGGCCGCCUCAGUCAAGUAUCAUGUCCAACGUCAUCGGGCUGAUUGCUCCCUAUGCAGUUUGGCAGUCGCUUAGACGACGAUACUGGGGUGCAGCACUUUCAGGCACUGCAGCACUCGUCGGCAGCGUCUUGACUAUCAUCAGUUCUGGACUCUACACGAUUGAUUUCGUGCCGACCACCGCUCCAAUGCUAGUUCAGAGGACCGAUUCCUUUCAAACAACAUGGCAGAACAGUGCUCUUAACGAUAGCGGAGCUGCCGUAUUGACAAGCUUGACGGAGAGCUCCAAUUUGACAUUUCCACAGUUCACCUUCGACGAGCUUGCUCUGCCUGGACUUCAGGCAGCAGGCGAUCCGCCAAAGCCCUCUAAACAGGGUCAAGCGACGUUGAGCCUCACGACCAGUGCUCUACGAGCGUCUCUGAAUUGCACUACUUUGCCGACUGCACAAUUCAACGUGUCGACAUUUUACAAUCCCUCAUCUGGGCCCAGUGCAAGUGUCAGCAUAUCGUUCUCACUUCCACGAGAAUGUCCGUACGGCGGGUCCGGCGGCAACAUGACAAGCAUGGAUAUCGACCAAAGCUGGCAACUGCCAUUCACAAAAAAUUCAAGCUAUGUGGCUAAGAUGCUGGACAUCCACGUCGGGCCAUUCGACGCUGUUCUUGCAUCAAGCUCAGGGGAGCUGGCACCCUCGACCCAAAAGGACAACCCGCCAGGAUGCCCAUCACUUGCUUUCAUUUAUGGCCAUGUCGACGUCAACGAUGGUUCUCAAAACAUGAUCACGACUCGUAUAUGCUAUCAGCAGAUGCAACAAGUGCCGGUACGUCUCUGGCUGAACGUCCCAGACCUUUCUAUAUCGCAGGACUUCCCACCCACUCUGGACGAGAGCGGGAGCGGUCACGUCGUUCUCGAAAGUGGGCCGAAUGGAGAAACGAGCUUCCCCUAUCGCCUCGAGGUUCACAUGGACAAUGAGUUAUCCUUGUUCAACCAGACGCAAUUCGUUCCGUCCAGCAUUGCCCGGUCGACGAUCGACGGGUUUUUUCAAGGUGUGCUGUUCGGGAGAUCGCCCAUUCCCCAAGCCUGGCUCGCGGACCCUGAGCGCCCGGACGAGGUCGUCUCGGCCAUCCAGGCCUUCUACCGCCGGUACAUGGCCCAGGCGAUAUCUGUGAACAUGCGCGUGCCCACGGCCGCCGCGAACGCGCAACUUUUGUCGGGCAACGCCACCGCACUGACGGGCGUGCUGCGCGUGCAUCAGAACAACGCGUCGAAACUGGCCCUCCAGGUCAUAUUGGGUGUCAUGACCCUCUGUGGCGGACUUGCCGUCUGGCUCGCACCGCCGAGGGAGGUCGUGCCGCAUAACCCUUGCACCAUUGCCGGUGGGAUGGUACUCUGGGCCGGUAGUCGAUUUUGUGAGACUUUCACCACAGUCGAAACGUUUGCGGGUCAAGAAGAUAAGCCCGUCCUGCCAGAAGGCGCUGUGCAUAUGAGCAAUAAGAAAUUGAUGGGCAGCGGAGCGUUGGAUGGCUGGUUGUUCAGACUGAAUUGGUGGCUUCGCGAUGACGGGACCAAGAGAUAUGGGAUCGAUGCUGUGCGGCAAUAG